AUGGUGCGCAAAAACGCCGUGAAGAGGGCUGAGGGAACCGACUCUGACGAGUCCACCCGUGCCUCUGAUUCUCCGACUGAGGCCAAGCCCAAGGAGCAGAAGCCCAGCACCUACGACCCAAAUCUUUGGUACAUCCACGGCAACUCUUACGACCUUCAUGAUUUCGUGGACAAGCACCCCGGCGGUCGCUUCGCUAUUUUGACAGGACGUGGCCGUGACUGUACUGCCCUCUUUGAGUCAUACCAUCCUUGGAACGACAAGCACAGGAAGGUUCUCAAGGCCCACGGCGUGGCCCCGCCGGCGCCAGAUCCUUUCUACGAGGAGAUCAAGGAAGGAGUUCGGAAGGCUUUCCCCGGUGGCUGCGGUAGCACCCGAAUGCGCCCGCGCGCCUUUGUGGGACUGUCGAUUAUGUGGUGCAUCAUGAUGUGGCUGUUUUUCAUCGUCCGCACACCUUUGUCCAGCUUGCUUGCCGGAUGCAUUGUCGCCACUGUGGGCACCCGAUUUUCUCACGAGGGCGGCCACCAGCAAGUCAGCAAGAACGAAUGGGUCAAUCGGUUGUGCAUGUUCGCCGGCUUCUUCCUGGUUGGACCUUCGAUGUGCUGGUACUACCAGCAUGUCGUUAGCCACCAUGUGAGCACAAACCAGGAUGGUGAUGCCGAGAAGGAUGUAGAUGUGGAAUACAUCUGGAUCGCUGACAAGCUGCCCGGGUGGAUGAAGGCAUUGUCCCUGCCUGGCAUCUUCAUUGGCGCUGUGAUCGAGCUCGGUGUCAAGCGCAUGAUCGUGGACCUGCUCAUCCGGGGCCAUGUCGGCGGGCACAAAGUGGACUACCGCUUGGGUGGAAUUCUCUUCGAAAUUCCCCUGUGGUGCGUCUUGCACUAUACUUUCGGCCCCUCCACACUUUGCUACUUGUGCAUGUACCUCACCGCCGGGGCCAUCUUCGUUCCUUGCUCCCAGGACUCCUGGGCCAAGAUGCAGAUCGCAGAGAGUGUGGACUUUGCCUCUGAGUCGGACUUCUGGUUCCACAUGGCAUUCGGACUGACCACCCAGAUCGAGCACCACCUCUUCCCUGGUAUCGGUCACCACUGCUACGACACCAUUCGCCACAUCACCCGCGAUGUCUGCAAGAAGCAUGGUGUGCACCAUCAGGACGUAUCUGCAUCGACGGCUUUCAGUGCACUUUGGAAGCGCUUGGUGGCUGCUACCCCGGCUGCCCUGCUGAUGUGA